UUUGUGAAACCUAUCAAAAUGGCAUAUGAAACCGUAAAGGUACGUAUGAAUCGGAGCAAUGCAUCGAUUCCGUGGGGAUUUUCAUUGCGCAGCACAACGUCUGGAGUGUUGACCGUUGCUUCGGUUGAUAAAGAAAGCCUUGCUCAUAAGGCUGGCAUCGAAGCGAAUGACACUGUCACAGAACUGGCAGGUCGUAAUGUAAAUGGAAUGCCUCUGCAUGAGGCUAACAAUAUAAUCGGACGACCAUCCGACGAAAUGAAUAUAAUCUUGAAAAGGUAUUCAUAUAUCACUUCACAUCCCACAUUACCGUGGAAUCUCACUGAGCAAGACAAUAAAAUUGUUGUUGAUCAAGUACACCCUUCAAAGCAACAAACGUUCACCAGCAGCAGCAGCAACACUUCGGGCUAUAAAUCAAUCCAGGAUCGAAAAUCCGAGCGAAGCGUACCCAUAGGCUAUCAACCAGCUCCAUUCACAAAUGUCACAAAUACAGAUGCAUUAAGCACCAAUCGACAGUCAAAAGAAGGCUUCUAUGAUUCAUAUUCAACGGAAAGUUACACCAAGAAAGUAGCUCAAGAAGAAUCGCGUAGUAGCAGUGGCGCUGGUCGAUUCGGAGCUCAAGGACAGCAGCCACAAGGAAUGUCUGGAACAACUCAUAAUGUACCAAUAGCUCUCGAUUACACGACAACACAGUCGUCAAAUUACAAUAUUGGGGGUCACACGACCGGUGGGACUGUUAUUCAUACGAAACCCCUCCAACAUACAUACACAACUCCCGAGCAUCCAGCCUCUGCUCCAGCACCUGCACCAUUUUCGAGCGGUGGCCCUGCUGCCGCUCCUAGGAGCAGCCAUAUGAUCCCGGUUCACAUCAAUACCGGCGGCUAUACGAGCCCACCAGUAGCUGCCGGUGGCCAAAAGUCACCUUUCUCUCCGUAUCGUCACCAAACUGGUAGUCAGCAACAGGACUAUCGCGCUCGCAGUGAAGCCUCCUACUAUGAAGAAGGUCCUCGCGUUCCUUUCUACCAUUCUCCACGCACUCGCCGUGAGCUAUCGCCGAGCGCCUCUAUUCCACACUUGUACGCUCAUUCACGUGAAACUCCUGCCGAACAAUACCUCCGUCAAACUGGCGGUCUUUUCGGCACCGAUCCAAAUUUGUUCAAGACAAAGGUGACACCAUAUUUAACAUCUGAGACACGUCGAAUGAUCGAAGAGGAAGAACGAUACAGUGACGGUGCUCCUCAUGCCUACCACCAUAGUGCUUCUCCACCUGCGCAGAGUGCGAGCUUUAAAAGAAUCUCUCGAGCGUGUGGCACUCCAGUUGAUUGA